ACGACAAAUCACAUGAAGAUAUUUGUCUUUAAAAAAAUUAAUUUUAUAGAAAUACCCUCAACUUUCGUUUAUCUUCUACCGUUCAACGCCGGUGCGAGGAAAAGACGAAGACUCGCCGGUAAACUACUUUCAAACAGUAACCGUUACAUUAAUCAACUUGCCCUAUCUUCCCAUGGAUUCUCUUCGUCACAGAUUCUCAGAAUCACCGAAAUGGACUCAGCUCCUUCUCCAUCAUCGCCGGACCUUGAAUCAUCUCCUCCGGUAUUGGUCACAAUGAAUUCAACCUCAUCUUCUUCUGAUAAUAACGUCGAAGGAGAUGAUGAUGAUGCUGCUAAUCAUGAGAUUUUCAAUUGGAGAGAAUUUUCCUCUUGUUGGAGAGUUUCAGAGUCGAACUUGUACUGCUUUAGUUUGGCUCUUCUUGUCUGGUUCUUUGCUUCGUUUAUUCUGAUUGAGAAUCUUUACGGACCAAAAAAUGUCUGGCUUGGACCCAAUUCUUCCAUUCUUGUUGAACCAAGCUCCAUUUUUGUCAAAAGCAUUAAGGUUAAAGUGUUAGAUUAUUCUAAACCAGGGCUUCAGUUAUAUGGGUUCUAUAGAUCUCCUGCUCUGGAUUGUUUCGUCAAUUGGUCGGAAUCCCGAGUGUUACCUGUCUCAAAGGAUUCUUACAAGGUAUGGCCAUAUUAUCUCAACAGACGGACUUUGUUGAAUAUUACAUAUACCGUUAAACCACAAGGUUCUGCGGUUCAGCUUGUGGUCGACGAAGGGCAUCAAGGCGACCCUCAGUCGUUUUUGAACGACCCUGCAUAUCGUUACAAAGUUUGGUCAUGGAAUCUAAUUGAGGGGAAUGGUAUGAUUGAGUUGGAGAUAAGAAAGUCUUCAAGUUAUUAUCUUGCUGUAGCUAACUUGAAGAGGAAGGACGUAGAGGUGGAACUGAAUAUUGAUGUGAGGGCUGUCUUGUAUGAUACUAAACAAUCAUUCUACAACUGUAACUUCAGCAAUGGCGAGUGCGCAUUCAAUGUUAUGCCCCUUGUUGGAAAUUCUGUUGUCGUAACUUCAACAGCAGCGAGUCAGGGAGUAUCCAUUGAAGAUGAAUGGUAUAUCAGGUUCUCAUAUCAACCUAGAGAGAUUGCAUAUGUAAUCGGCACAGGUGUGGUGAUUUGCUUCAUGUUGGUAGCUAUACAAUUUUGCAACAGGUUACAAUGCUAUGGUGGAGAGGGAUAUCUAACCGAGAAUGAUUCAGCGAGAACACGUCUACUUGAAAACAAAGAUGACGAUGGUUCAAGCAUGGGUUCGUGUAAUGAUUCUUUCGCUAACGAUGAUGCUGAUUUAGAAGAGUUUAUGGAAAAUGAUGGUGAAGCAAGUAAUCGAAGUAGACGUCUCUGUGCCAUUUGUUUUGAUGCUCCAAGAGAUUGCUUUUUCCUCCCAUGUGGCCAUAGCGUCUCCUGUUAUGAAUGCGGAACAACGAUGCAAGAAGAUGAUGGGAGUUGUCCAAUAUGUCGAAGGAAGAUGAAGAAAGUGAAGCGAAUCUUUACAGUGUAAGAUGAAUCAAAUAUAAAUCGCUAACAUAAUGUUGAAUCUAUAGAGCAUUAAUAAAAAUUAUAUUGAUAGUGACAAGGCUCAUUUCUUUCUUUGCAUAAUUAUUUCGUGUAGUCACUUGAUUCAUCUUUGUGAUAACACCUACGGUAGGCAAUGUAUAGUGAAUCAUUGUUUGUUGACUCACAUUCUGAAAUGGGAUCGCAACCGUGAACUGAUGCGCGGGAUGAGGAGAAAUGAGUUGGUAUCUCUUGGUGACUUGGUACAAAUCUAGCUCCCCUCCAACACACACAACCAUCUCCAAUGGAUACAUUUCUGUCUCUUUCUCUUGAUAUCUUUCUUGGUGAUCCAACUUUUUACUUUUGUUCUUUAUUGAUUUCUCCCAUGAUUGUUAUCUUCUUCAGAAUCCAGAAAUGAAAAUGCGUAUCUUUGCUAUA